UGGCGACUAUUGUCAGAUUAACACUGAGACAGCUAAUCCCGUUGUGCAGGCGGACCAACAUAUCCCACAAUCCUUUUAGCGUUUUGAGCUGUUAAAGAGAACAUCCGUGUAUGUGUUCACUUACAGAGGAACUGUUUUACACUUUAAAUAUAUAGGUGUUGUGUUUAUUUACGCCAUUGUUCAGGUUUGACUAGUUAUCCGGAUUAUUUUUCGGGAUUACAGGCUGGAGAUCUGGAUUACAGGCUUUUUAAUAACGAUGUCUGAUCACUGGAACAGGGGGCACGGCGCAGUUGAUGAUAUGCUGGAUGCAGAAAACAAACUCAUUGCGGAGAAUCUGGCAAAUAAAGUAUCCAGACUGAAGUCGUUGGCAUAUGAUAUUGAUAAGGAGGCUGAGGAACAGAACUCAUACUUGGAUGGCAUGGACACUAAUUUCCUCAGUGCAACCGGUCUGUUAACAGGCAGUGUGAAGAGGUUUUCCACGAUGGUCCGCUCGGGCAGAGAUAACCGCAAGAUCCUGUGCUACGUGUCAGUCGGCCUGGUCCUGGUGUUCUUUGUCCUUUACUAUCUAGUCCGAAGAAUACAGAACUGAUGUGUGUGCAUAAUUUUGUUUUUGUGCAUAAUUAAAUGUUUUCUCAAUUUUCUGAGAAAUAUAUAUAUUCAUUUUGGGGAAUUCAGUACUUUGUUUAUACAAGGAAAGGUUUUCACUCUUCAUUCAUCUUCUAGGUAUAUUAAAGGUGAUUUAAAACUAAAAGCUUGUGGGUGCGUUUCCUGUUUAUCCAGUCUAAAGAUUACUGUGCUGUAGUGACGUAAACAUGCUUUGAUUGCAAUAUAUUCCAGAAAUGUUGUAACAAAUGAAACAUUUUAAAUAGAUAUUUUGUAUUAUUGGAAAUGAAAACACUUCAUAGCUGCACUUUGUAAUAAUUGUCUAAUAUGUGACUUUAAAACAAUAUAAAUGCUGUAUCUAUAUUGUUAUUUCUAAUAUGUUUUCUUCUGUAUAAUAAAAAAAUUUUGCAUUUA